GCUUAUUUUCCCCCAUGCCCCCCGCGCUCGACUCCUGGUUGCGCGCAAACACCUUUUGUGUUUUCUGGUCAAGUUGCAAUGGCGGCAUACAUCAAGGACUGGUUCGUUUCCAACAAUUCGAAGGAUUUUGUCGAUGCCAGUGUUGUCAAAGAAAAUAACUCCCGCAUUGGAGAGCAGGUCGUUGUCGAUGGUGUUCGGAUUUAUCAGGAUGCAAACGGUGCGCCUGUAGAGACUGUCAGUCCCUUGGGCUAUCAUGUUGGCUGGGCUGGGGUUUUGUUCUUGAACGUCAGCCAGAUGGUCGGCACCGGUGUCUUCAGUACUCCGGGAAACAUCAUGAGGGCUCUGGAUUCCGUGGGCCUUAGCUUAUUGUAUUGGGUAUUUGGUGCCAUCAUCGCGUCCGCGGGAUUGGCGGUUUUCCUGGAAUAUGGUUCUCUCUUCCCAAAUCGCUCCGGAGGGCAGGUCACCUACCUGGAACAAGCUUAUCCACGGCCAGCAUUUCUUUUUCCUACCGCAUACGCAUUCUUCACUGUGGCCUUCUCGUUCUCGGCAUCCAACUCUGUCGUUCUUGCGCGCUACAUUUAUCGCGCCGCAGGCUACACUGCCACCGAGUGGGAGAAUAAAGGUCUCGCUGUUGCGUCCUACGCGUUCCUAGCUGUCAUCUGUCUGCUAUCCACUCGCUGGUCAAUGAGAUUAAUGAACCUUAUCUCCGCAGUGAAACUGAUUAUUUUACUUUUUAUUGUCUUUACGGGUUUCGCUGUACUGGGUGGUGGAACAAGAGUCAAAGACCCACGACAGAACUUCCGCAACAGCUUCGAAGGGGUUACAACCAACGGAAACGACAUUGUAAAUGCCCUUGUCAGCAUAAACUUUGCUUAUACAGGGUACGAUAAUGCCUUCAAUGUCGUUGCGGAGAUUCACAACCCCUUUCCAACUCUGAAACGCGUAGCUCCAAUCUCUUUACUCAUCGUUUCCAUCUUGUACGUGCUCGCAAAUGUCGCCUAUUUCGCUGCGAUCCCGGCCAAUGAAAUUCGCGAGUCGGGCGAACUCACAGCCGCUCUGUUCUUCGAAGCAGUGUUUGGCGGGAAAGCAGCAAAGGGUCUCCCAGCUCUGAUUGCCGUCAGUGCUGCUGGAAACAUCAUGGCUGUCAUCAUUGGAUCCACGCGAAGAAUUCGCGAAUGUGCUCGCCAGGGUUUAGUCCCAUGGCCUCACGUGUGGGCAUCCACAAAGCCUUUCGGAACACCUUUUGCACCUACCCUACUCAAGUGGGCGUUGACUACCAUUGUUAUCUUAGCUUUACCAUUCGGAGAUGCGUUCAACUUUCUGGUCGAUCUCAGAAGUUAUCCUGACUCAGUCUUCUUAUUCAUGAUGGUCGUCGGUGUCUACGCGAUCCGAUGGAGACGCAAGAAGGCAGGGUUACCGCCAGCACAGUUCCAGGCAUGGCACUCUGCGCUUAUAUUCUCAGCACUGGUCUGCUUGUUGAUACUAAUCAUGCCGUGGUAUCCUCCAGACGAAGCCGACGUCUCGUUUUGGUAUGGAACGUACUGCGCUACCGGCAUUGGUCUCAUGGUCGGCAUGGCUGCGUAUUACUACUUCUGGAUCAAGUUAUUGCCCAAAUUGAAAGGUCAGACUAUCAGAACGGAGACAUUGGUCUUGGACCAGGAUGGAAGUGUGACGCAUCGUCUCAGAAAGGUUCCGAAUGCUGAACUUGCUGAAUGGGAUCGCACGCAUGAUGAUGCCGGCAAUCUACUCGCGGAUGUGGCGACCGGGACAGCUGUUGAAGGGAACCAACAUCUAAUUCACAGGCUGAAAGUGAAGGAUAGCACAGUGGAAGAGAGCUUCCCAGCGGACCAAAAAGUCUAG